CGAUAUACGUCAUCUAGCAGCCCAUGCCUCCACCCUAAUCAAACGGUGAUAAGAUCCCUCAGGCGCUUUAUCGAUAGCCUCACGAUCCGCGAUAAGUUGAGUAGUUCCAAGGCCCCAAGAGCACCGGCACAUGAUAGUGCCGCCAUCCCUCCUCCCCUUCUCGACCACGUCCCUUCACUGUGAAUUUCACCUCCACCUCGGGCCAGAAACUCUCGACUCCUUGCGCUUCAUACCAUGGUCCAACUUCGAAUCGCACUGACCAAUGUGUCUUGCUGUCAGCCGCCGGGAGAGAUGAGAGGAUGGCAGGAACAGGGGCGGGGCAAUUUGUCGCAGGCGUCCAGUUUUUAACGCGACCAUCAGCAUCGGUGGUUGCAGUGAAUGUGAUGGGGCUUUGACUGCUUGAAGGGGCCGACAAGAGAGUCAGCGUCACCGGGAGGUUCGCCGCCGGAGUACCCGACAGAGUAUUGAGGACGUGGCAAGUAAUAGGGUCGCGAGACAUUGCAGCUGAUGUGUUUGUAGCAAUCGAGUGAUUGAUAGCGGUGGAGGAUGCUGGAGGUGGAAGAAGCUGCUGUUGGUAAAGGCUGAGUCGGUCUUUGGUUCUGCCCAAUUGGUCACUCGAUCUCAUGUCUAUCAAGGAAGAAAUAUUCGAAGAAAGAAGGAGAGCAAUGAUUGGAGAGUGGGAAUUGUAAGAAAAUGUCGGGGACUCUUUUUUGGUUUUUUUUUUUUUUCUAUCCCCUUAUAUGUAGACCUAUGGGGUUUUUGUAUCUCCGCUCUUCAUGCAUCGGAGACCACCGACAGUCUGUUGAACCCUUCCGGAGUAUACCUUCAGUGGGGCAACAAAUUGUGAUAUUAAACGUUCACAUUGUCAAUUUCUGGAGUAUUUUGGAAAGAGCAUUGUCACGCUUUCAUCGCAUUGACUA